AUGGCAUCAAAAUUUUGGCCGGAACUUAUGAAAGGUUACGAAAAACUUUUUGAAAGUAAAGAGUAUUAUGACGUUAUUAUACAGGCGGGAGAAGAGCCAAAUGUACAAGAAAUUUAUGCUCAUUCCUUAAUUCUUCGUCGAUCAGAUUAUUUUCGUUCUAAUUUAAGGGAAAAGAGGGGGGAUGGAAAGUUCAUUUUUAAGAUAUCUAAUAUUCCACCAAAAACUUUAGAAAAUAUUUUCAGAUUUUUAUAUUGUGGAAAGAUUGAUUUAAGUGUUGAAGCUGUAGAUAUUUUGACCUUAUUGACAACAGCAAAUGAAUUUGAAUUGGAAUCACUUGUUGUGCAUAUUCAAGAAUUUUUAAUUGAUAAUCAAAAAGAUUUUAUUAAAAAUAAUGUCACUAAAUUUCUUGAUGAUAAUAUUUUUGAAAGUAAUAAUUUUAAACUUAUAAGAAAUUAUUGUUUAGAAAUAAUUCCCGAUACUCCAAAUGAUUGA